GACUACGUCGAUCUCAAAAUGAAAUAAGGAGACUUCAUGAUCCUUUUUCUCUUCGUUCUUAUCCUCUUGCACAAAAGGAGUUGAGAGAGAGAGAGAGAGAGAGAGAGAGAGAGAAUGAAAGAGGAACGAUUGGACUAUGUGCUGGUACCAUUGGGUCUCUUGGUUUUUGGAGUAUACCACCUCUGGUUUCUCUUCACUAUCCUCCGCUUUCCCAGACGAACCGUUAUUGGUCUUAAUGCUGAGAUUCGCCGCCUAUGGGUCUCUUCCAUGAUGGCUGACCCCUUGAAGAAUGGUGUUUUGGUAGUUCAAACAAUUCGCAACAACAUAAUGGCAUCUACAGUAUUAGCAACAGCAGCAAUUACUCUAAGUUCACUAAUCGGUGUUUUUGUCAGUAGCACAUCAGAUCCUAGCAACAUAUCUUCAAAACUGGUUUAUGGCAAUCAGACUUCCUUGAUCUCUUCAGUCAAGUACCUUUGCAUCUUGCUUUGUUACCUUCUUGCCUUCCUUUUCAAUGUGGAAUCCAUUAGAUACUACGCCCAUGUAAGCUUAUUGUCCACUGUGUCUAAUUUAAAAAACAAUAGUCAGGCCAUUGAGUAUGUAGCAAGAAACUUCAAUCGAGGAAGCUACUUUUGGUCCCUCGGAUUGCGAGCAUACUACUUGUCAUUCCCUCUCUUCCUCUGGAUUUUUGGGCCAAUUCCCAUGUUUGCUUGUUGUUGCCUAAUGUCAGUUCUUCUGUAUUUCUUGGACUCUACUACCAGUUUUACACGCCAACUUCAUUUGCAGUCAAUGAAACAAGAUAGUAGCAGCAAUGCUGUGGAAUAAGAUGGUUGAUCAUCCUAAACUCUGUUGAAAACUACCCAAUCUUCUUGUAAUUAGUAAAUGUUUGUUA